ACUCGAUCCUACUUACAUUUGCGACGAAGCACCCUUUUGCCUUGGUCAGGCCCCGUAUCUUCGACAAGACAAUCCCAGAGAAUGAGUUCCACAUCUGUGACGGGCUUGCCCAGUGGGCCGCCAGUGCUCGAGAAGAAGCCAGUCAAGUUUAGCAACUUGUUGCUUGGUGCUGGUCUCAACAUGUUUGAAGUGACAACUCUGGGACAGCCAUUGGAAGUCGUAAAGACCACCAUGGCUGCCAACAGGUCUGAAGGCUUCGGAGGUGCUAUCGGCCGCAUCUGGUCGCGAGGAGGUGUUCUUGGCUUCUAUCAAGGCCUCAUCCCCUGGGCCUGGAUCGAAGCCUCCACCAAGGGAGCCGUCCUCCUCUUCGUCGCCUCGGAAGCCGAAUACUACGCCAAGUCGUUUGGCGCUCCUGACUUUGUUGCCGGUAUCUCUGGUGGCAUGACUGGUGGUCUUGCUCAAGCCUAUGCCACCAUGGGUUUCUGCACCUGCAUGAAGACGGUCGAAAUUACAAAACACAAGGUCGCUGCCACUGGCGCAAAGCCCCCAGGCACGCUCGAGACGUUCAUGCAGAUUUGGCGCACGGAAGGUCUCCGCGGUAUCAACCGUGGUGUCAACGCCGUCGCGGUGCGCCAGGUCACCAACUGGGGAUCUCGUUUCGGUCUAUCGCGUGUUGCCGAGACUGGUAUCCGGAAGGUCAUGAAAAAGGAGAACGGCGAGAAGCUCACCGUGGUUGAGAAGAUCACCGCUUCAGCCUUGGGUGGUGGAUUGAGCGCAUGGAACCAGCCCAUUGAGGUCAUCCGUGUUGAGCUCCAGUCCAAAACGGUUGAUCCCAACCGCCCCAAGAACUUGAAUGUUGCCUCGGCCUUUAAGUACAUCUACUCCAACAACGGUGUCAAGGGCCUCUACCGAGGUGUCGCCCCCAGAAUCGGGCUUGGUGUUUGGCAGACAGUUUGCAUGGUAGCCCUCGGUGAUGUUGCAAAGGAAGCUGUCGAGAAGCUCACUGGCGACAAGGUUACCGCAAAGCAUUAGAUGACAUUCGCGUACUUGGUCUAGCGGGCGUCAUGUACAGUCAAUGAUCUACGCGACGGUUAUUAGAGGUUUCAUGAGGUUUAUAUGAUGCAUAACCAUCGGGGAGACAUUAUUAGGAUUAGAUAGAGCCUUGAAAUAAUUGGCGUCGCGAGGUUUUCCCGCCUGAAAAGGCUGGAAUCUCGGAGGCUGCUUUCGAUUUC